AGGGGGCGCUGCGGGAGGGACUCAGCCGGGAGCGGCUCAGCCGAGAGAGAGGCAAAAUGGCGGCGGCGGCGGCGGCGCGGGGGUGCGAGCGGGUCUGGCGCCGGGCGUGGCGGCGCGGCGCCGCGGGUGCCCUCCCCGCCCCUGCUCGGGCCGUCGCCUGUAACGCGAGAGGUGGGGCGGCGCCGGCGGGGGAGAGCGGUCUUGCUUCCUGGGUACCAGUUGUGGGUCUGGAAAUUCACGCGCAAAUUAGUUCCAACUCAAAACUUUUCUCUGGUUCCCAAGUCCAGUUUGCAGCACCUCCUAACUCCUUGGUAUCUUUCUUUGAUGCUUCUUUACCAGGAACCUUACCAGUUCUCAACAGGAGAUGUGUAGAAGCAGCAGUGAUGACAGGCCUGGCACUCAACUGCAGCAUAAACAAGAAGUCCUUGUUUGACAGAAAACACUAUUUCUAUGCAGAUCUGCCUGCUGGCUAUCAAAUCACCCAGCAAAGAGUUCCUAUUGCGGUGAAUGGGAGUCUGUCAUACAGUCUCUGCAUAGACAACAAAAUGAGCCAGAUGGUGACCAAAACCGUGAGAAUUAAGCAAAUCCAGUUGGAGCAAGACAGUGGAAAGAGUCUCCAUGAUGACGCAAGGAGCCAGACUCUUGUUGACUUGAAUAGGGCUGGAGUUGGCCUCAUGGAGGUUGUCAUGGAGCCUGAUAUGUGCUGUGGGGAAGAAGCAGCUGCAGCAGUCAGAGAGCUUCAGCUUAUUCUUCAAACACUUGGGAGCAGCCAGGCAGUCAUGGCAGAGGGUCAGCUGAGAGUGGAUGCCAAUGUUUCUGUGCAUCACCCCGGAGAGCCUUACGGAGUGAGGACUGAAGUGAAGAAUAUCAAUAGCGUACGAUUCCUGGCAAAAGCAGUAGAUUAUGAAAUACAGAGGCAAAUUGAAGAACUUGAAAAUGGAGGAACAAUUCUGAAUGAAACAAGAGCCUUUGAUUCCAAGCUUGGGUGCACUAUACCAAUGAGAGAUAAAGAAGGAAAACAGGAUUAUAGGUUCAUGCCAGAGCCAAACCUUCCUCCAUUGAUUCUGUAUGAUGCUAAAUCUUUGCCAGUUAAUAUGAACCAUCAGCAAGUGGUAAAUAUUGAUUGGAUUCGAGAGAGACUUCCUGACCUCCCCAGUGUGAAGAGAGCAAAGCUUGUUGAACUGUAUGGGAUUCUUCCUGAACACAGCUUCACCUUAUUGAAUGAAGACGGAUUAGCAGAAUACUUUGAAAAUGUGGUAAAACAGACACAGAUGAAGCCGAAGAAAGUGAUCGGCUGGAUUCUAAAUGACCUGCUCAGUUACUUAAAACAACAUGCCCUUCCAGUGAAGGACAGCCCAGUCAGUUCCUUUCUCCUGGCUGACCUUCUGAACCUUCUAGAAAGAAGAGAAAUUUCUUCAUCAGCAGCCAAACAAGUGCUCGGGGAAUUGUGGAAGGGGGAAGGGAAGACCCCUCUUGAAAUUGUUAAAGAAAAGAAACUCGAACUGAUCCAGGAUCAAAAAGAGCUUGAACAAGUCUGCCAGGAGGUGAUUGAUAGACAAGAAGAUGAGGUUAUGGCAAUAAAAGCAGGAAACCAAAAAGUUCUAAAUAGGUUAAUUGGACUGGUUCAAAGAGCAACACGAGGACGAUCCAAUCCUGUUCUGGUGAAGCAAAUACUGGAGAAGAAGCUGUCUAAAUAACCGCACAGAAUAACUACACAGAUGCCUACAGAAGGUGCCCAGAUACAUGCCUUGGACACUCAGGCAAAGCUCUGCGAGUGUGUCACUACUGUACACCUGAGCCUCCAGAGAUUCAUUUUGGCCUGUGAGGUUCAACGUAACCAUCACGUUUCUACUGGCCCUGCACAAUCUGCAGAGGAUGAAGGUUGCCCUUCUUUUAUACAGUAGCUCAGUGCAUGGACCGUUCGCUCUGGUUCAGAUUUUUUUCCACAGGAGAGAACUUGACCCUGCAUUUCCCAUACAGCUGCUCUAAGCACGAGGCCGCAGGCUCUCCAGCAUGUGGCUUUCUGCUGUCACCUGGAAUGGCACCACUCUGUGGAAAUAACUGAUCAUUCAGUUGGCAUACCAAAAAUAAGCAGGAUCCGGCUGGGUUCUAAUGUCUGCUCCAGCAUUUAAUCCUGUAUAGUUUCCUAAGUGUUUUAUGCUAGUUUAACUUCCAUUUUUCAACUCCUGGCUUGAGGUACCCACAAAAUCCAGGGUUCUAGACUUCAGCUCCCAGGGCCAACCACUGGCACAUGUAAAUUCUGUAGCUGAUCAAAUUAUUAAUAGGCCCAACUAGAGGCAGCCAUUCAAGUUUACAUUUAGUAGGGAAAGAAAUCCCAUUUAGCACCAUGGGUUUGGAGCUCCCUUUUGGAUGCUGCUAAAGCGUACAUUUUAAAGGCUACAUUAAGGUCAUGCCUCCAAGAUGCUUCUUCAGAAAUCUGCUCUAGGAUGGCCAUACGUUGUCAGGAGGAGUGCAGCAGGUGUACGCCUGGGAUUUUAGUCAUCUUUGCAAACACGGAGUUUGCAACACUAAUUUCAACUAGCUCAAUGGCAGCACAUUCUCAGCGUAGUAGUGCCAACAUUACCGCUCAAGGACAUUUCUGUACGAACAGGCUCAUGGUUCAAGUUUGGAUUCUGAAUUAGAAAACAGGCAAAAAAACCCUGAAGUUUUCAAAUACAUUUAAUGAAUAAAAGGUAUACCCCUAAUAACAUAAAAAUAACUUACAGUUAAAAAGUUAUACAGCUGACAAAAAGCAGUAACAUGGUGAAAUUUCCCUACUGUUGCAAUCAAAAACCUUGACCCCUUUAAAAAACAUUUCAUUUAAUCUGACAUUCAUACAAAGGCAUUUUCUAUCACUUGUCAUGUCAUCAGUAAAAAAUAACAUUGUCUUUUACACAGUAGUACCCAUUUUGUUCCAAUAGGUACAUUUUCAGUCAAUAGAAGCUUUAUUCAGCAAACUUUAAGUUUCAGAACUGGAACUCUGUUCAACUCUUGCCAUGGCAGAAAGAAACCAAAAGGCACAAGGACUUCUGCAUGAAAUCUCAAAUCCUAAUUUAACAGUACUCCUCAGCCUACAAAAAACCACCCAUCAUUCCCAAAAGGUGGUCCUCCAAGGUUAGUGCUUUUUGUUGCACAGCUUGAUGUUGCUGUGCUGGGUUUACUUCUACUGUAGUGGGUGCAACUUCAAAAAACACACAGCAAUGAGUUUGGAAUAAUAACAGUUAAGCUGUAUUUAAGCGAGAGGAGAAUUUUCCACUACUGUAGCAUGGCUACUGCUGGUAAAUGUAUUUUUAAUGGCUACUUCUUCUCAGACACUUUUUUCCCCAAAGUAAUUACACUUUGCUAAUACAGUACAAAAUCUGUUAAAAAAAUCAUAAGCCAAGUUCUAUAUGAGUACAGCACUAGAUCUUCGAAUGAGUUUACUGUAAAUCUCAAUCUAUUUUCACCUCCACCUGCCAGACACAAUGAAGAACAAGAUAAAAAAGGGAUAAUUGUAAUAUCCUUCCCCUAUGACAGAAGGAAAAGAGCAGCUAUAGUCUAUAAAUUUUGAAUUAUAUUAUGAGCCAGGCAGUGCUGAAUUUUUAAACAAAUCUUUUGCAGACACACACAAAAUGCAAAUUUUUUUUUCUGGUAAUCAGAAAGUGUUAAACAAGCUCAAGAUGAUGAAUCAUUUUAAUGUCAUGGAGAUACCAGCUAUCAACUGCCAAGCAGUCUUAGCUGGCAGUGGUAGGGGGUGGAGAUGGAAAGCUCGGCAUGGCGAGCUAACACUACUCCAACUAUUGCAGCCUGCAUUAAAGGGCCCGUUAGUCAUGUUACACUAACUCGAUUGACGCAACGUAAGCAAACGCAUUAUCCUUCUUUGCCUGGCAAGGGCCUGAAACGCCAAGCAGUUAAAACCACCGUUGUCACUUUUUCCUCUGUCCUAAAUGGACCUAAGGGCAAAUUCUAAGUACUCCACAAGUGAGCGCCACACUGUGCGUAACAGCUUUUGUUCAUAUUUGUACAGCAAAGUGUGUAUAUCCAGUAGUCUACAAAGUGCAUAAAAGACAGAAGCAGCCUCAAGGAAUUUAAUAUCUGCUAUUGUAAAGACAAAAAAGUAAGCACAGGAUACGUGGAGCCAGCAAGAGAAAAUGCAGAACCUGGCUACGAAGUGCUCAGUGUCGGAACGCUUUGCACACCCAGAAGCUGUUUCCAGGGUGGUUAUACCAAGGCUACGAACUCGGGAAUUAGGACUGAAGCUCUGACCCUAACUUUCAAGUCUUACUUGGUUACAGUGGCGCUCCCUGAUCUCCUGCCAUCUGUGCAACAGCAUUAGGCAGGGUGAAUUAAGGACAGUUUCGUGCAGAUUUUUGAGCAGCAACCGUCCACAGAGGGCCAAGGAGAAUGCUUACAAAUUAGAAGUUGGCACCAGACACCGUCAUGACAAUCUCAUCUAAUCGUUGAUGGAAGUCCUUUAUAGGUCACUCCCGAGGCAGAGCGAUGAUACUUUCCAGCCUGUAUAGCUGAAGUAUCCCGAAGAAGAGAAGACCGUUGACAAAAAAGACACUGGCAAUGCUGAAGUAGUGAAGAAAGAAUCUCUAGCGCUCAGCCUUGGCUGCAGAGUUCAAUUUUAACUGUGUUAAAAAUAGAAGCAUAUGACAGGAACCUUAACCAAAAAUUUACAGCGGCAGUGUUCACGCUGCAAUUCCACUGCAGCCCCUUUCCACUCCGCUUCUGUGGCAUGGUGUCACUCUGCUGUCAUGUUCUCAUUUCUGUUCUGAGCACCUCUCUAUCUACACGCUCGCACGGGCACUGACCUCAGCAGCACCUCCUCAGUGAUUUAUGGCCUUGUGUAUAUGCUCAACAUGCUUUUUUUUCCCCCCAUCUUAAACAAAUUGGGUUUUCACUAAACUCUCUAUUCUCACACUGCUCAAGGGAGAAGAGAGAAUAACAUGCUGUUCUUUUUUGUCCUUGUUGCCUGCACCUUCCUUGCAAAUGCUGUUUUCAAAUACUCCAAAAUUCGUUAUAUUCUGCCUCACAUAAUGGCAACAGAAAACCAAGUUACAGCAGCUAGGAGGUCAAGAUUUAUCUUUUCACAUACAGCAAGGGCUUACCUGGAUUGCAUUGGCUGUUCAGUGCAAGUCUCCCCAAAAGCUACAAACUUGAGCAUAAUAUAGAGAGAAUUCUAAUCUAAUAUUACACAGUGUGAGGAAGGCAAAAAAGCAGAAAAUCCUGAGUUGUCAAGACCUGUGUUUUGCUGUGCCUUUAUCUGCCCAUUGCGAUGGCAAAUUUAAACUCUGCUGCCAUCUAGAAGAGCCAAGCUAGACCAGGAGUUAGGGAUCAGUGCAACAGGAACACAGACCCUCUGGGAACACUCCUUCUUUCCUGGCUGUGCUCCAGCACACACCCCACAUCAGGCAGUUCAGCCUCAGCCUCCCACCUUACCUGCUAGGGACUGCCACCAAACAGGGCCCAAAGAGAUGAGAAUCCCAACUACAUGUGAAUUUUAGCUGCAAUAAAGCAAACCUACAGUGGGGAGCAGGCGUGCUUGGGUGUUGCAAUGAGACAACGAAGGUGAUGCAUGCAGUUCCUCACAAAAGAAAGUGGGGUCUAAUUGGCAACAUGGUAGUGCGUGGUGCAAAUGAGUACUAAGGAGUCUUUCCUCUAGGUACUGAGUUAGCCCCAGCCCCCCACAGCUGCCUGCAGGAUGUACAGGCAUUUCACAACCAUUCACAGCAUCUGCUGCCUGGGUAUGUGUGGAUGAAGAGGGACCUGCCCUUCACUGCCCCUCCCCUUCCUCUGUGUGAGGUCCAACUUGUGACCCUCCACCUAACUCCGUCUCACCUGCUGGCUUUUCCCCAAAGUGACAGGUGACCUCCAUGCCAGACCCUGCACAACCCCAGCAGCCAAACAUCACCAGUGACGGGCAGCCAGUUAUUGCACGCCGUAUCCGUUGCCUUGGUCACUGCAGCCCCGGGGGAAGGCCUGCAGUAGGGCUCAGUACUGCCAGCUGCAGAGGCCGCGCUCCCAUGAGCUAAUCCUAACACGGGUGCUUGAAGGCCGAUCGUUUUGCCAUCGGGAAUGCUCCCUCCAUUCGCAAGCAUUUUGUGCAAACAGAAAGCAAACGCUCUCCUGAGGCACGGUCACAUCAACCACAGCUUCAACUAUCCAAAGCCUGUGAACCACUAAGCAGGCAUACUCAUCAGCAAGUUAUAUUUUAUUUUCUCAUUUCUAAAGCUUCGGAGGCCACACUUUCAGGUUGGUUUUAGAGGCUAGGAUCUUUCCACACUGGAGCUUAGAAACCAACACUGUUAUUCUGGAGUUUUAAGACAGACACUGGUCAGAGCUGCCAACUCCAAGCUGCCCUUGGACGCUCAGGGACACCCAGAGAGACCCCAGCAGCGAGUAUCGAGACCGGGAGCCAUUCGCCCUCCUCUGAAGACAAGAGGGCGUUUUGUCCGAGCCCCAGCCAAACUGACACAGCAGCACUGAGCUGGACACAGUUUAGUUGUCUUGGAUUUAACUCAUCCACAUUACUUUUUGGUCUAAAUCCAAGCUAGUUAUUUUUAAAAUAGACUGCAAUAAAAUACAGCUGCUAUGGAGCUGGCUUCAUCCAAAAUGUAAGUUUGCAGGUAGUUAGUCCACAAUACCUAAUUGUAUGCGGGCACUCUGCCGAAGCCCCAGAGAAAGUUAUUUGGUUGAGAAAUGCAGCCUUUGCACAAAAGUCCCAUCAGGGCUUUUAGCCCAGAGACUUCAGUCUUAAUUUAAUCCAGCUGCCACACAAAAAAACCAUUAUAAUCAAUGAACGAAAAGAAGAUUUGCACAGUCAGCAACAAACCCCCACUUUAAGUACCUACAUAUUUGAGGCUACAAGUAAUGCUCCUAUUCAUAAAUAAGAGGCUUCCAACUGAGCAUAUAACAAAUAGAAUAGAUUGAUGCUAGACCACAACAUGUUUAGAAAAGCUGAGGCCCCCUGAAAAAUAAGUACAUUUAGUCAGAGCUGAGCUUUCGUAGCUAACGAAGUCACUGAAAUAGUGCUGCAUUCUGCGGCUGCCUUCAGUCUGAGAGCUGGCACCGCUGUCAUAUUAUCUGAAUACCUAUUUAUGCAAAUCUGAUGCCACAUUAACACAGAGCAAUUUUUCCCUCCUUCACACAGCUCUCAUUCAAAACACUGCGUGGCUCUACUAUGUAACUGGACAGUUACCAUACUCAUUUUUGAACUUUGCUAUGAGCGUUUUCUUUCUGCAACUAGUCCCUGAUAAGCUGAGGUAACAGAAAUGAAAAUUCUUGCUGCGUUUCACAUGGAUGCAAAUGCCCCCUGCUAAUCCGCGGUGUUUUACCUUUGGUUUGCUCAUUAAUGUAAGCAGUCUGAGUGCCAUGUAACCUCCAUUUCUGCUGAUAAAGCUCAAAGGGUGCAAGGAAGAACAUACUGUAAUUAUCUAAAUCAGAUCUGGACAGAGCAGCAACAUGCCUGUAUCGUGCCAGAGCCUUCCGAAUUAAAAGGAAAGAAAGAAGAAAAUCUCAGUAUUCUACUCAUAACUGCAGAUGCAGUUUAAAUGUUACAAAUGUAAUAGGAGCCUUCAUAAAAACUGCAGGCAUGACAUAGCAAUUUCAGUAAAUACAGCACAGUAAAUUGCUUAUUAAAUCACGCUGCCCUCCAACAGGAGCUCUGGCUACAAAUUCAAAUGAUAAACUAUGUCAUUGUAUUUACUGUAACUGCACCAAAUCAGACAGCUCCUAUCCUUUUCUUCCCAACCCUGAGAUUUUAAUGCUUCUUAAAGGAGCUAAAACAACCUUGCUGGAGCACGAAACCUUGAGAGAGACAGGCACAGGCCACGAAGGGUAGCGAAUGCUUAAGCGCUGUGCUAGCUGGUCUACUUCUAUUGGUAAAUACAACUUAACCUCUUGAACUUAAACCCUCGGACUCUGCUGGAUGCAGUAGUUUGUUUGCAACCAUUUCCCUCAGGAGGGGAGAACAGGCCACUUCGCCGCCGUGCCGGGGCAAAGGGCAGGCCGAGCAGCGCUGCUGGCACAAACAUGGCCCAGACUUGCUGUCUAUCCCGUCCUGUUCCCAUUCGAAAGCAAGGCUUCUGCAAAGACCUGAAGUCCAUCCCCAUCACCAGGCAGCUUCUCCCUUUCUAGGGAAUGUACCGAUCUUACUUCUUAAAAACAUCAAAAUCUAACCUAACAAGGCAAAUGCACUGAGCAGGCAGAGCAGCACAACGUGACUGAAGUCAGACUUUUUACAAAGUCACAAACCCUGAUGAAAAAGGAAAGAAGAGAAGAAAUUUGUGAACCAGACGCUCUGAAGCAACGGCUCUGGACCUCCUGGUGAGAGGGACUUCCCCCCCCAGGCACACUGCUGUGAAUUUUCCCUCAUCGCCCUGGGAUACAGCUGAGAACAGCAGCUUUCACUGCUGGUCUUCCAAACCAAGUUCAGAAGUUAACUGGACUAAAAAAGCAGUGCAUCUUUUCACAUCUGGAGCUGCAACACCAAUAAACAACCUGGUCUCAUUUGAAACCCCACAUUUUUCUUUAGGACACGUUGAAAGGACCAAAUUAAAGAAUAAUGCCUGGAAUACGAUAAUAAAAGGGCUACGUAGGGCCAGCAACACAGAACAUGAACUGCAACUGACUGUGUCUAUCCAAAGAUCAGCAGAUGCAAAGGAUGACGCUGUUCUGAAUUAAAGUUGCCGAAUUCUUUAGAUCAGCUGAUACAAACCAUAUGUACGUGUGUGCUGAGACUAUCCCACAGUGCAUCCAAAGAGAGGUCACAGGCAAAAGAGAAUGACUACAACUGUUUUAAGAUAUGAAACAUUCACUCUAUAGAUAGGUUGCAACAAAUAGCUGGCUGAAAUUGUGGUAAAGAUUCCUCGCUAGAGCAGAACUGCUUACAAACACUCAGCAAAAGCUACAUCACGGGAAAUGUGGCAUUUCCACUUUGAAACAUAAAGCAAGAGACUGAAAAUUCACUUUGGUAUCACUGAGCUGCUACCUGCAGGUUUUGGAAUAGAUCUGCGAACCCAAAGACACUUCAUUCAUGACUGAGCCAAAGACAACGUGCAGAAGAGAGGGUCUUCUAGUCACACACACAUGUACACAGGGGGAAAUCCAGGCUGUGCAAUGCAUCCUCUCGACUCCGGGAAAGGGCAGCAUAACGCUGUGUACUGCAGGGGCCAACCGACCGGACUGCGGCAUAGACCCCACUUUGGAAAUAACGUAUUGGUAGGAGGCCUAAUAAGCCAUUACCUAAACUGGAGUGAAGGAGCUUACUAAACAUGCAUUUGGCUGAAGAACUUAAUGCACAGAGAGAUGAUUGGUCUCCGAGGAUCAACAUCUGCAACUUAAACCAGAGUCCUGAGCCAGGGUCACUGCACUCGUCCACCUCUUCCUUUUGGGGAGCUGACUGACAGAUUUCCUUUCCUUGGAGACAUUGUGUGCGCACACCGUCAUGACCGCAGUCACAAGAACCCUUCCACACGCGGUUCUGGAUUUCAAAGGCUGACUUUAUCCUACUGCAUGUGGCAGGCUCAAAUAAUUCCUCUGAAACUACUUCAGCUUAUGAGGUAAAACCUCCCCUUCCUCAAAUUUACAGAUGCUUUUCUGAGCAGCCUGCACUGUAAGAUCCCCAUCUACCUUAAUAGGCUCACUGAACUGAACAUUGCCAUGAGUUUGCACAUUUGCUAGAAACACCAGUUAAAAUUAACAAUCCCCAAAGAUAUCACUCCUACCCAGCAAAUAAAGAUCAUUUUAGAAUAAAAACAAGGAAAGGGAGUGUUCAUAAAUAAAUUUACUGCACUGAGCACUGGUCUGCAGAAUUUUUUCUCCUUCUUUUUCGCUCCUUUUUAAGAAGUCCUUUAAAAAAGGAUUGGACUGCUUCUGCCAUUAAGCACUUGAUUCCGAAUCAUUAAAAGUUAGCUGAUCCCA